AUGCGCCCUCCCUUUCGCAUCGCCGUUCUCGAAUGCGAUACGCCGCUAGAAAAUAUUAAUUUGAAAUACGGGGGGUAUGGCGGUGUCUUCACAAGGCUUCUCAAAGCCAGUGCCGUGGUCCUAGGUGGAAUCAACCCGGACACAGAUCUGAUUAUAUCCAAGUUUGACAUUGUCGACGGGACUGAAUAUCCCAGUCUUGAGGAAGUCGAUGCCAUUCUGUUAACCGGCUCAAAACACGACUCUUUCGCCGACGAACCUUGGAUCCACACCCUUGUCGAGUUCACAAAAAAGGCGUACGCCCAUGACCGGGUACGGAUAAUUGGAAUAUGCUUUGGUCAUCAGAUCAUUGGAAGAGCACUCGGAGCGCCGGUUGGCCGAAGCGAUAUCGGAUGGGAAAUUUCCGUCUGCGAUAUGGACUUGACAGAAAAGGGAAAGGAGUUAUUUGGCACAGAGAAACUUAGCUUACAACAGAUGCACCAAGAUAUCGUGUCCGCAUACCCCAAGGAGGUUGUUCCACUUGCUUCUUCUCCGAAAUGUGCUGUACAAGGGAUGUAUAUCCCACGGAAAUUGAUCACAGUCCAAGGACAUCCCGAGUUCAACACUGAAAUCAUGUCAGCAAUCCUGGAUCGACGCAAACAACUGGGCAUCUUCUCCGACGCGGCCUACAAGGAAGCCUUAUCGAGAGCAACGAAUGCACAUGAUGGCGUUACUGUAGGGGCAGCCUUUUUGAGGUUCCUGCUCGAAGAAUAA